UGGCAAACCGCGAAAAGAGCAAGAUGGCUGACGUGGUGUUUGUGUCUGUACGAGCUGACCGCCAUACACAUUUACAUUUAGCAACAAAUACACCAAGUGGCGUAUUUUCUGACGCCCACAAAAUGGACAUUGAGUUUGUAGCGAUGGAGUGUUAUCUGAAGUGAAGAUUGAAGACGUGAUAGAAGAUGGACGACUACUGCUAUGCUAAGAUGGCGACGUCCGCUAAAAGAGAACAUGAAAGAGAAUCAGCGCCACCAACUUCCAGCAAAUCACCAACGGAGAUAAAGACGAAAGAUGAAGACGUCCAGCAGCUGAUUGGUCAUCCAGAAGAACUGGCAGGAGGGAGUUCCACUUUGAAACAGGAGACUCCACAACCACCCCACAUUAAAAAGGAAGAGGAGGAACUCUGGAUCACUCAGGAGGGAGAGUGUCUUCUAGGACCACAGGAGGCUGAUUACACCAAGUUGCCACUGACUAUUGUCUCUGUAAAGAUUGAAGAUGAUGAAGAGAAACCACAAGUAGACAACCUACAAGCUCCACUAUCAGAUAGUGAGGCUGAAGACGAGGUUGAAGUAACUUUGAGCAGCGAUACAGACUGUGAAGGUGAUAUGAGGACUCACGCUGACAACAAACACUCUGAAUGCUCUAAAAUGAAGAGAGAUAAAAAAUAUUUCAGCUGCUCAGUUUGUGCUAAAAGUUUUACUCCAAAAAGCCAUUUGACUCAACACAUGAGAACACACACAGGAGAAAAAACAUUCAAUUGUUCAGUUUGUGGUAAAAACUUUCUUUAUAAUUGCAAUUUGUCUCAACACAUGAGAACACACACAGGAGAAAAAACAUUCAAUUGUUCAGUUUGUGGUAAAAACUUUCUUUAUAAUUGCAAUUUGUCUCAACACAUGAGAACACACAACGGGCAAAAACCUUUCAGUUGUUUAGUUUGUGGCAAAAGUUUUUCUCAAACGAAAAGUUUGUCUCGACACAACAGCACACACACAGGGGAAAAACCAUUUAACUGUUCGGUUUGUGGUAAAAACUUUUCCCAAAAGACUUAUUUGACCCUACACAUGAGAACACACACAGGGAAAAAACCCUUUAAUUGCUCCGUUUGUGGUAAAAGCUUUUCUCAAAAGAGCAGUUUGAAUCGACACGAGAAAACACACAUGAGAAAAACCAUUUAAUUGUUCCGUUUGUGGUUAUAAAGUUUUCCCAAAAGAGCAAUUUUGACAACAUACAACACACACAGGAGUAAGACCAUUUCAUUGUUUAGUUUGUGGUAAAAGCUUUUUUUUACACGCAUGGAUUUAUUGAACCUAUCAUGAAACGCAGUGGGGAAAAAAACAUUUAGUUGUACUGUAAUGUAGUUAGAGGCAUAUUCAUGAUCGUAUGUAAUGUUCACAUUAUUCUGAUCAUUUCAACUAUGACCAUAUUAGGUAUUUCCAGGGCGCAUUGAUUUCACAGAGCAACAGAACAGAUGCUACUUCUGUCAACAACAACAACCUAGAGAGCACAUUCUGUGGUUGCUACCACUAAUCAUGGCAGACACUAUUGCCAAACAUUUCAAAUAAGAACAUGUCACAGUUGCGGCAAGUAGUAGAAGCACAAAAAUAUGGAGGCACGUAAUUUCAUGAAGUUGCCUUAUCAUGCAAAACAUUAUGUGUAUUUGGGAUCUGCAUAAGUCCCGAAAUUGUGAAAUCGAACAGUGGAGGCAUUGCACAGAUAUUUAUAAAAUAAUCUUGCCUUCUUUCAUUCUUCGUUUGGAGUUUGCUCCUUACGUGACAUUGUCAGAUAAUCCAUAUUUGGUAUAAAUUUACCCAUUUAUCUGUCUAUCAUCCAUCUAUUUUCUACCGCUUGUCCCUGGAGCCUGUCCCAGCUGCACUCGGGCGACAGGCAGGGUACACCCGAGACAAGUUGGCAAUUUGUCGCAGUGCCAAACAGACAUUUUUGUUAAUCCGGCUGUGCUACAACAUCAUGUCCAUGAUGAAACCCAAUGAAGGAAAAUAUUCUGUCUUUGGUUUACUUUAACCAGCACAAGUCACUACAGAAACUUUUCGCCUCAUCUGAAGUAAAACGUGCCUUACUUUUUUUUAACUUUUAUGAUUCUUGGCAAUGUGCCUUCAGUUGCUUCAAGUGUGUGCAAAGAGUUCAUCUUGUUUCACCCACAAACUUUUACAAAAAGAUGGAUUUUCCGAAAAAACUACUUUUAAUGGGGGCGUGAGCGACUACUAUUUAUGGCAAUGGAGAAGACAAUGAAACAGUAAGUUGGAAAUGUGUGAAUGAUACAAUGUUAACUUUAGUUGUUGUGUAGCUAGCUUAGCCUUCCAAUGUGAGACAAUGGCAUCGCCGUCCUGCAGGGAAAUAAAUCAAUAUUUUCCUAAUAACUAGUUUUAAUUGGAUCUGUGUCUACUGUGUUUGGCAAUGAACCAGUUAUAAUUUUUUAUUACGUUAGCGAAGUAGCUUGUUGUGUAGCUUACUGGCUCUGUUGUUAAGUCAUACUUGCCAACCCUCCCUUUUUUAGCGGGAGAAUCAGCGCCUCUCCCGACAACCUCCCGGCAGAGAUUUUCUCCCUACAAACUCCCGGUAUUCAGCCGGAGCUGGAGGCCACGCCCCCUCCAGCUCAAUGCGGACCUGAGACUGAGUGGGGACAGCCUGUUCUCACGUCCGCUUUCCCACAAUAUAAACAGCUUGCCUAACGAAUUCAAACGAAUGGAAACAAGAAUUUCAGUUCAUCCAGGACAGUUCGAAGGGGAAGGUGUAUGUUGCCUGUAAAUAUGUAGAACAGACUUCUCCAUUGAACACGGUGGCCGAAAUGAUAUACUCAUCAUGAA